AUGGCCAUAUCAACGAAGCAGUUGUUUGUUCGACUCACUCUUCUUCUGGCAUGGAUCGGGAGCGUCCAGGCAGAAUUUAACAUCAUCGAAGAACUGGCCAAGCUGCCGUCAUGUGGGCUAAAUUGCUUCGUGGACGUCAUUAAGACGUCGUCAUCGUGCGGCUACAACGCGACAUGCAUCUGCAGCGACAACAACUUCUACACCACCGCCCAGGCCUGCAUCGUUAACAAGUGUAACUCGACCGACGCACUCGUGUUUGGAACAGAGGUCGCUAAAAUCGAGGCCAAGGCAUGCGAUCGACCCUACCGUAAUCGUCGGCACACGAUGCUCCUCCCGUUCAUUGUCGAGGGACCAGCUUGGGUCUCGCCAUGGAUCCGUUUAUAUUCUAGAUGGCUCACAAUUGGCCAGUGGGAGACUGAUGACUACAUCAUGCUUGUUGUUGGGGCAAUUUACACGGCGUAUCUUGCUUGUGCCAAAUACAGACUUCGACGGCUCAUCGGGUUUGAACUUCAAAAACUGAUAUGCAAUCCAGCUGGGCAAUUAGCAUUUGGGGUCGACAUGUGGAACCAAAACUACGAUCAGAUUAUAACCGCUCUCAAGUUUUUCUAUGUUUCCGAAAUAUUAUACCUCGUGGCACUUGGAUUAUGCAAAGUAUCCAUCGUUGUGUUUUACCUUCGAAUAUUCAACGACAAAACAUUCAGGAUUGCAUCAUAUGCCACCUUGGCCGUGGUCGUAUUCCCAUCCCUCGUCAUGGUUUUCGUUCAGAUCUUUCAGUGUAGACCUCUGGAGUUGGUCUGGCUGGGCUGGCGUCUACAGUUCUACAGAGACAAAUGUAUGGACAUCCACACUCUUGUCUAUAUCGCUGCUGGCCUCAGCAUCUUCCAAGAUGUCGUCAUCAUCGCGCUACCCCUACCGUCCAUUUUCAAACUAAAGGUGGACACGCGGGCGAAAUGGGGAAUCUUCGUCAUGUUUAAUCUGGGUGUCUUAGUGGUCAUCACAUCCAGCAUUCGUCUGCGAUUUUUGACCAUGUUUGGAAGAUCCGCGAACCCGACAUGGGAUUAUACGGAUGUCCUCAACUGGACUGGAAUCGAGCUGGCCAUCGCUAUGAUUGUUUGCUGUCUACCCGCAGUCGCAGUCCUUGUCAAACGACUGAUCCCCGGAUUCUUGACAUUCCAUUCCUCCCGCAAGUCGCCCCUCCAGAGUCGCUAUUUGAGAUCCCACACCAAGGAUCAUACAGAAAGCCAGGAGGAACUGGGGAUAGAGUUGGGCGGCAGGAUGCAUCCGGCAGUAGGAGUUGAAACCCAUGUGACCAAGGACAGGACUAGCCGAGAUAGUGAUUCUGCGAGGACGAAGGCGAUAGGGAACUUGAUGGGCAUUACGGUAACUAGGACAGUGACAACGACAACAAGAUCGUUCGAUGAGAUUCGUUGA